AUGAGACACACUGAUUAUUAUGAAGUUCUUGGUGUUGAACCGACUGCCACUGAAAAUGAAAUCAAAAAGGCGAUGAAAUAUCAUCCAGACAAAAAUCCUGACGAAGCAGCCUCUGAAAAAUUCAAAGAAAUUAGUCAUGCAUAUGAAACCUUGUGUGAUCCAGAGAAACGUGAAAUAUACGAUAAAUAUGGUGAAGAUGGGCUCUCUGGCGGAGGUAAUUCUAUGUCUCCAGAAGAAGUGUUUGCAAGCUUAUUUGGUUUUGGUG